AUGAGUAAGAAUGUUGCAGAUGCUUAUAAUUUGUUGGAAGAGAUGGCUUCAAAUAAUUAUCAAUGGCCUUCAGAAAGGUCAUGUUCGAGAAAAGCUACUGGAGCCUAUGAAAUUGAUGCACUUGGCAACUUAAUUGCUCAAGUAGCUGCGCAAGUGGCUGCACUGUCCAAGAAGUUUGACACACUAAGAGUUCAUGCAGUUCAAAAUUCAUUAAUAGUUUGUGAGAUGUGUGGAGAUGGCCAUUCAUAUGAUCAAUGUCCAUACAAUUUUGAAUCAGUCCAAUGUGUGGGGAACUUCAAUAGACAACAGAAUAACCUAUACUCUAAUACUUAUAAUCUUGGUUGGAGAAACCACCCCAACUUUUUAUGGAACAAUAAUGCAGGGCCUUCAAAUCCAAAACCCAUCAUGCCACCUGGUUUUCAACAACAAGCUAGACCACAAAUUCCUAAAAAGAAGUCCCAAUUGGAAGAACUUCUCUUGCAAUAUAUGUCCAAGACUGAUGCCCUAAUUCAAAGCUAUAGAGCCUCUUUGAGAAACCUUGAGACCCAAGUGGGACAGCUUGCAAACUCUAUUAACAAUAGACCCCAAGAUGCCUUACCAAAUUAUGACAAGGCAAUUGUUGAGAAAGAAGUUGAAGUGGAAAAGACAGAUAAUGGGCAAGCUAAAAAUCAAGGGAAUUCUGAAGCAAAUUAUCCUUCACCAUCAUUCCCACAACAGUUGAAAAAGCAAAAGCUUGAUAAACAGUUUGAGAAAUUCCUCAAUGUCUUCAAGAAGCUCCACAUAAACAUCCCUUUUGCUGAAGCUUUGGAAAACAUGCCAAGUUAUGUUAAAUUCUUGAAAGACAUCUUAACUAAGAAGAGAAAAUUGGAAGAUUUUGAAACAGUGGCACUUACUGAGAAGUGUAGCGCAAUAAUUCAGAGCAAGCUUCCACCAACACUUAAGGAUCCAAAGAGUUUUUCUAUCCCUUAUACUAUUGGUAGAUUUAAAUUUACUAAAACUUUAUGUGAUUUGAGUAUAGGUGUUUCAAUCAUUCCUUUGUCAAUUGUUGAGAAACUUGGACUUAACGAGAUACAACCUACCAUAGUUUCUUUGCAAUUAGCAGAUAGAACAAUCAAGUACUCUGUUGCGAUUAUUAAGGAUGUAUUAGUUAAAGUUGGACAUCUCUACAUUCCGGUGGACUUCAUUGUGCUUGAGAUGGAAGAAGAUUUGAAAAUUCCUUUAAUCUUGGGACAACCAUUAUUAGCUACUGCAAGCGCAAUCAUUGAUGUGAGGGAAGGCAAAGGUGAACCUAUUUCUCCACCUACAAUUGAGCAAGCACCAAUCUUUGAGUUGAAGCCACCACCUUCUCUUGUGAGCCACAAGCAAUCACCAAAGGAGCAUCCCCCACCACCAUCUAAUUGUCCUUUCGAGAUUAGACAACAAGAUUCUAUUGCAAGGUUGUGGGCAAAGUUGGAGAAGAUUUAUUUGGUGAAAAGUUUUUCCAAUAAGUUGCAGCUUAGGCGAAAGUUGUAUCGCUUAAGGAUGGAGGAGAAUGGAAACCUCAUGAAGCAUAUGAAUGGAUUCAACAGGAUCAUUGAUCAGUUGAAGGAGAUUGAUGUGAAGGUGGAGGACCGAAAAAAAGGACUAUUAUUUCUUGCAUCUUUUCGAAUUUUGGAAUAUCUUAUUUGCUGA